UGCGAUGCUUGGCUUGAGAUGGCCGGCUGGACCUUGCUGUGCCCAGUCGCCACACGCCAAUCUUUUCUGCAAGUCGUACUGCACGUAAGCUUACGUUUGUGUGUAUAUAUGCCAUGCGUAUCGGCUGCCUCGGCGUUCAUAUCCAUCGACCACACAACCAUUCCAACCAUCUCCUGCAACUGCUAGCUAGAGAAAACUGAGUGAUAAGCCAAUACAUGGCUGGAGCUUACGUCUGCGCGGCGGUGCUGCUCGCGCUCGGCUGCGCGCUGGCCGUCGCCGCGGCCGAGCAGACAGAGUGGCUGAGGGCGCACGCCACGUUCUACGGCGGCGCUGACGCCUCCGGCACCAUGGGAGGGGCGUGCGGGUACGGGAACCUGUACGCGCAGGGGUACGGCACGCGCACGGCGGCGCUGAGCACGGCGCUCUUCAACAACGGCGCGUCGUGCGGGCAGUGCUACAAGCUCGUGUGCGACCGCAAGACGGACAGGACGUGGUGCAAGCCCGGCGUGUCGGUCACCAUCACGGUCACCAACUUCUGCCCGCCCAACUGGGACCUCCCCAGCGACAACGGCGGGUGGUGCAACCCGCCGCGGCCGCACUUCGACAUGGCGCAGCCGGCAUGGGAGAAGAUCGGCAUCUACCGCGGCGGCAUCAUCCCUGUCAUCUACAAAAGGGUUCCGUGCGUGAAGAGGGGCGGGGUGCGUUUCAGCAUCAACGGGCAUGACUACUUCGAGCUGGUGCUGGUGACCAACGUCGCGGGGCCCGGGUCGAUCAAGGCCAUGGACAUCAAGGGCUCCAAGUCGGCGGGCUGGAUGCCGAUGGCGCACAACUGGGGCGCGAACUGGCACUCGCUCGCCUACCACAACGGCCAGGGCCUGUCCUUCAGGGUGACCAUCACCGACGGCCAGACGAUCGUCUUCGCCAACGUCGUGCCGCCCAACUGGAAGUUCGGCCAGACGUUUGCGAGCAACCUGCAGUUCAAGUGAUCGAGCUAGCAAAGUCGUCAUUCAUUCCAUGCGUACGUGAAGAUGUUAGAUGUUGGUCAUGACAUGGAAAAGGGCUGAUUUACCAUUUCUAUAGGAGCUUGCCUGCUUAAAAUUUUAUAAGUAGUAAUUGUGAGUUGCGCGCUUGUGUGUGUGUGAUGUACAUAAAGAGACCCGGUCCAUUCAUUUCAUUAUGGUAUACCCCCAAAUAA